AAGGUGCCGGCGCUGCCAGCCAGCAGUUCAAGGAUGGCCGCGCAGUUCUUCAUUUUUGUGGUGUUGUGCGCCCAGACGGUGUCUGCGCAAAAGUUUGCAGCUUUUGAUGCUGCUACCUCGUCAAGUGUGUACUCCAGCAAGUCUUUCGCUGCGAACCUAGCAGUGGCAGAGUCUUCUGGGUAUUGGUGCAGUGCUGGGCACCACGCGCCGGGCGAGGUUGUUUCUUGGACAGGGGAGUUCAACUCCCGCCGGCAGAUCUCGGGCGUGCAGUUGCGCUGGAGCUACGCGCCGGCAGAAGUGAAGGUGCUGACCAGCGCUGACGGUGGCAACUUUGAGGAAGCCGCAGCCUGGAGGCGCAUUGCGCGCAGCGAGCCCAGCUUUGAGGAGACAGUGAUGUUUGCCGGGCCUGUUGCAGCAAAGUCGGUGAUGGUGUUGAUGCGUGGGCCAAAGCCUUGGGGCUAUUUUGGCUUGGCUGGCGCUGCGGCCUUGGCAGGGCCUGCUUCCUUCAUGCUUGUGAGCGGAGCGCCAGGCCGUGAAGAGCAGUGUGCUGUGGCUGGGUCCAAAGGCUUGCGUGCGGAGGCUUGCUUGACAGCGCUGGUGGCAGGGGAGGGCAAGGAGAUUUUCAGCUUGUCGGACGACGGAGAGCUUAAGACCAACGCGGGCCAGUGUUUGGGCUUGCGAGCUGGGGCUUUGUCGUUCCAAACGUGCGCGGGAAGCCAGAGCGCUUGGGAAGCAACGGCAGACGGGCAAGUGAGGCAGGGGGGCAUGUGUUUAAGCUUGUCGGGGGAAAGCGUUGCUGCAAUGGACUGCAGUGAAGCUGCGGUUCUGGGAAGCGACAAGUUUUUCCAGGUGGCUGUUGGGGCCCAAGAUCCAGCAGCUGCGGUGGCAGUGCGGACCGUAGGGGAGCUACUCCGGGCCAGCGUGGAGCGGCAGCGCAAGCUUGUGGCAAGGCUGCAGGCCUUGCUGCCGAAGUUGGCCACUUGCAAGACUUCCAGCUUGAGAAGCUUCGCGUUCCGCGCGCAGUCGGUGUCUGCAGCAGGGCAGUCGGCCAAGUUAGCAAGCCUAGGAGAGAAGAUUGGGGAACGCUUUGGCCCUGGUGUAGGCGUGUCCAAGUUCAUGGCCGUGUUCGGCGGGUCUAGUUGCAGCCCCAAGUGGCGCCGUGCUUGCGCAGACGCAGUUGGCUCAGACAAGGUGGUGUCGGUGCUGUCUGCUGCGGAGCUUUUCUUGUUUGCGACGUUGUGUUCUCCAGCAACUCUUUCGGACGGCGGCAACUUUGAGGAAGCCCAGCUUCACGGAGUGGACCAGGACACGUUGGUGAGACUCAUUGAUGUUGAAAUGGAGCAGCAGGGCGUGGGCUGCGAGCGGGUGCGACCCGUCCUGCACUUACUUCGUCUGGUCUGCGCCGCCAAGAAGCGCAGCAAGCUUGCUCGCCUUCUGACUUGCCUGGAUGGGAGGGUCCUCAACCUCUUCAAGCGAAAGAACGUCCUCUACCUGAAGAAUGCCUGGUGCAACGUGAUAUGGCCUUGCAAGGAUCGCUGCCUCCAGGACUUUGCCCAACCUUGCCCGCUUUUCUGGUCGCCGAUAAAUGAGGGGCUUUGCAAAGCUCCGAGCUGGUACAAAGGCGACUGCCCUGACACACUUGCUGUCGGCAACGAUGUGACCUCGCACCAGGAGAUGGCAGUGAGGUGUGGCUUGACGUGGCCUUGCAGCAGCCUGUGCAAGUCGGACUUCGAUCAACUAUGCCCAACGGGUUGGGCCGUUGAUGAUGCCGCUACUUGUCAUGCGCCGACAAAAAGUCCGGGCCAAUACACCGGCCCAUGUGAAACUACAGUGUCCUUCGCUUUGGAAAGUGACAAGCCGGCUGCAAGAAAGGAGUUUGCAGAGCGGUGCGGCGUGGACUUCUGUGUGAAGCAGAGCGGGCUGAACGACGAGCCUUUCCAAUCCUCCCCAUGUCCUGCAGGCAAGAGCAUGACCGGGCGAAGGUGCGCAGUGACACAGGGGCAGAUUGAGAUGGUGAAGGAGAAGCUGCAGCAAGCUUACAAGCAAGAUGGCAGGCGCAACGAGAACACGGCGCGCAACGCGAGCAGUUGCUUCUCGGCGGAUGUCCUAGAGACAUGUCGCAAUGCCCGCGAAAGUGGGGCCAAGGGCAAGCUGGGCAAUGUGUGCCGCCAGACGAGGCGUCCGAAGAGGUCAAACUCCACGGUGGCCUUGGGCUCGGAGCUGUUGCCGCACUUGCAGGGCACGGGCCUCUUCUCCGAGGCUCCUCUUACAGGCGCAGCCUCCCAUGCUGGCCUGCUGGAGCUGCAGACAAGUGGCGGGGAAUAUGGGUCUGUGUGUGGCAUGAACAGUGCUGCGGCCCACGUUGCUUGCAGACAGUUGGGCUUUGACUUUGGCGUUGUUUCUUCCACCCCGUGCGGCCAGUACGGGGGCCAGAGCCACUGCGGGGCCAGCGGUUCUGCAGUGGCCGUGAAAAAUUUGAAGUGUGGGGGGGCAGAGAUGAGCUUGAGUGAAUGUGAGUUCGAAGACGCUGAUGAGGCGUGCUUCAGCCACAGCAGCGAUUCAAUUGUUUUCUGCGGUCUUGACACCGCUGCGCCGUUUGUCAACGGCGAGCUUCGCCUGCUUGAUAGAAACGGCGCGCCCGCUUUGCCGCAGGAGGCAGGCCGGCUGGAGAUGUAUUUGGCGGCCAAGAGUGCUUGGGCUCCGGUGUGCAAAGUUGGGUUCACCAGUGGGGCUGCAGCUGUGGCUUGCAAGCAAAUGCAGUUCAGCGGGUCCUCAAGCUUUGCUGGUUGCCAGUCUGCUGGGCUCUGUGGCGGCACAGCGCCAGAAGUAGCAGAGUUGGCUUGCUCGGGGCAAGAGAGCAGCGUGGUGCAGUGUUCAAUGGCAACGGGAGAUGAUGUGUUUUGCGCGCCAGAGGCGCAGUGUCACGCAGCGUCUGCCCCUACACGAAUAGUUGGCCCAUCUGGAGCCGCCGCCCAUGCUGGCCUGCUGGAGCUGCAGACAAGUGGCGGGGAGUACGGGUCUGUGUGUGGCAUGAACAGUGCUGCGGCCCACGUUGCUUGCAGACAGUUGGGCUUUGACUUUGGCGUUGUUUCUUCCACCCCGUGCGGCCAGUACGGGGGCCAGAGCCACUGCGGGGCCAGCGGUUCUGCAGUGGCCGUGAAAAAUUUGAAGUGUGGGGGGGCAGAGAUGAGCUUGAGUGAAUGUGAGUUUGAAGACGCUGAUGAGGCGUGCGUCAGCCACAGCAGCGAUUCAAUUGUUUUCUGCGGUCUUGACACCGCUGCGCCGUUUGUCAACGGCGAGCUUCGCCUGCUUGAUAGAAAUGGCGCGCCCGCUUUGCCGCAGGAGGCCGGCCGGCUGGAGAUGUAUUUGGCGGCCAAGAGUGCUUGGGCUCCGGUGUGCAAAGUUGGGUUCACCAGUGGGGCUGCAGCUGUGGCUUGCAAGCAAAUGCAGUUCAGCGGGUCCUCAAGCUUUGCUGGUUGCCAGUCUGCUGGGCUCUGUGGCGGCACAGCGCCAGAAGUAGCAGAGUUGGCUUGCUCGGGGCAAGAGAGCAGCGUGGUGCAGUGUUCAAUGGUAACGGGAGAUGACGUGUUUUGCGCGCCAGAGGUGCAGUGUCACGCAGCGUCUGCCCCUACACGAAUAGUUGGCCCAUCUGGAGCCGCCGCCCAUGCUGGCCUGCUGGAGCUGCAGACAAGUGGCGGGGAGUACGGGACUGUGUGUGGCAUGAACAGUGCUGCGGCCCACGUUGCUUGCAGACAGUUGGGCUUUGAUUUUGGCGUUGUUUCUUCCACCCCGUGCGGCCAGUACGGGGGCCAGAGCCACUGCGGGGCCAGCGGUUCUGCAGUGGCCGUGAAAAAUUUGAAGUGUGGGGGGGCAGAGAUGAGCUUGAGUGAAUGUGAGUUUGAAGACGCUGAUGAGGCGUGCGUCAGCCACAGCAGCGAUUCAAUUGUUUUCUGCGGUCUUGACACCGCUGCGCCGUUUGUCAACGGCGAGCUUCGCCUGCUUGAUAGAAAUGGCGCGCCCGCUUUGCCGCAGGAGGCAGGCCGGCUGGAGAUGUAUUUGGCGGCCAAGAGUGCUUGGGCUCCGGUGUGCAAAGUUGGGUUCACCAGUGGGGCUGCAGCUGUGGCUUGCAAGCAAAUGCAGUUCAGCGGGUCCUCAAGCUUUGCUGGUUGCCAGUCUGCUGGGCUCUGUGGCGGCACAGCGCCAGAAGUAGCAGAGUUGGCUUGCUCGGGGCAAGAGAGCAGCGUGGUGCAGUGUUCAAUGGUAACGGGAGAUGACGUGUUUUGCGCGCCAGAGGAGUCUGUUGCACUUUCCUGCGCUGGAAGUGGCAACGCAAUUGGGCCCCCAGCAACACCUGCAAAUGAGCGGAUGCAGUGA